AGCACGACCGUUGCUCUCAGUUGACAACAAAAUGCAUACAGAUUAUCAAAACAACCUUAAGUAUACAGGCAUUUUCAAUGUUAUGCCAGAGAUAAAGAAUAUACCUUAAUGAUUUAUUGAGUUCAUACAUUGAAGAGAUAAAAAAUAAAAUGAAAACAACUUUUUUUACUAAACAGGAAAUGGGAUUGGAUAACAAUCGGAUUAUCUCGCGAGAGUACAAGCGUCUAUCAACCACGAUCAUGCAAUGGCCGGGUCAAGAGUACAUAAACAUAGUUCCAUUUUUAAACGUGUUGAUGGCCUGUUGAAGUCUGAGGCUCUCGAGUGGAAGAACAGACCACUGUGGUACGAUGUGAUGAAGAAGUUCCCACCCCAGGUAGAGCCACGCAUGGACAGGCCUGUACCAAAUGUUCAUGUCAAGAAAAUACUGUACCCAGAGGACUAUGUUAGAGCGAAAUUGCUGGACGUGUAUGAAUCCACUGAUGUGAUAAAUCUGCGAUUAAAAAGGAGAGAUAUCAAGACAAAACCGCAGUUGUUCGUUGAUGAAUACCUCAAGCGCCAGCGCCCGGGUGUAUCUGUGGAAGAAAUAUUUCAGGAGAUUGAGGAGAAAUUCAGAAGCGAGGGAAAACGUUUGUUGCGGAAGAAGAAUCCGGUCAUUAUAAAGUCAGUGAAUAUAGAAGAGGAAGCAAAGGAUGGCUUUGAUGUAAAAAAAUUGGAUGAUAUGUCCUGAGUAUGAGAGACAAUUGGUGAAUAGAUGUGGGCAUUUUUUACCAUACCAGUACUAAAAUCAAGAAAGUGGGACAAAAACAUACUGGCAGUGUCGAACGUGUGUGACCUCAGCUACGGUGUGGUUUUUACUUGAUUGAUUAAUUUUGUCCUUAUCAGCAGAACAAAGAACGUUUUAAAGUAGAUCAUGCAAAAAAAGAUGAAGAUUAAUGCAUAUCAGUGAAUUUCAUUGGAUUAGCAUGAACGAUAUGAGUUCACAAAUAUGAAGGCUGAAGUUAUAUCUCAUCUUGAUGAGUGGUUCUAUUUCCUGUUGAAAGUAGCAUUUAACUGAAAUACAUGUACUAAAUGUUGAAGUAUUUUUUUAAAUUUUUUUUGGCAACAGAAUGUAUACAAUGAUUUGUUUGGAUGUUCAGCAUCUUCUUUGUUUGAUAUAAUUUAAAAAAAUGUAUAUGUGUUGUAUGUUAAUGCAAAUGAACACAGUGUUGAUGAAAAUAAAUGAAUUAACG